GCAUGUGGGACACCGGCACCGGCCAGAUCGAGAGCAGCAGCGCAGAUACAGCAGUUUAACCGGGUUUAAGGUCUUUACCGGAGACAUUUACAGAUACAAGUUCGUGGUAAGGCUUUGUUUCGACACCAUCACCGAGGAAUGACGAGGGAACUCACCCAGAACAAAAUCCAAAAGAUCUGGAUCCCUUCCAAAGAUGAGAAUAAAGCAGCUGCACCACGGAAAGCGAGUGGUGGCCCACAUUUGGCCAACCCUCCUACAGUCAUAGUGAUGGUCGGCCUUCCUGCAAGAGGCAAAACCUACAUAUCAAGGAAACUCACACGCUACCUCAACUGGGUUGGCAUGCCCACCAAAGUCUUCAAUGUUGGCGAGUAUCGCAGAGAGGCAGUUAAACACUACAGCUCGUACGAUUUCUUCAAAUCUGACAACAAGGAAGCAGUCAGAAUCAGAGAACAAUGUGCCUUAGCUGCUCUGCGAGAUGUCAAAAUUUACCUCACUGAGCUGGGAGGACAAGUCGCAGUCUUUGAUGCCACAAACACGACCAGAGACAGACGAGAGUUGAUCCUGGACUUUGGCUCUGAGAACGGCUUUAAGAUCUUCUUCAUCGAGUCCAUCUGCGAGGACCCGAGCGUCAUCGCUGCCAACAUCAUGGAAGUGAAGGUGUCAUGUCCGGACUACCAAGACUGUAACAAGACGGAUGCCAUGGAGGAUUUCCAUAAGAGAAUUGAGUGCUACAGAGUGAACUAUCAGCCGCUUGACCCGGACAGUUACGACAGGAACAUGUCCUUCAUCAAGGUGAUUGACGUGGGCCGCAGGUUCCUGGUGAACCGUAUUCAGGACCACAUCCAGAGCCGAAUCGUCUACUACCUGAUGAACAUCCACGUCCAGCCGCGCUCCAUCUACCUGUGCCGCCACGGGGAGAGCCAGCACAACCUGCAGGGCCGACUGGGCGGAGACUCAGGACUGUCCACAAGAGGCAGGAAGUUCUCCAGCGCUCUGGCCAAGUUUGUGGAGGAGCAGAACCUCAAAGACCUGAAGGUUUGGACGAGUCAGCUGAGACGGAGCAUCCAGACGGCCGAGGCCCUGAACGUUCCAUACGAGCAGUGGAAAGCACUCAACGAGAUCGAUGCAGGCGUGUGUGAGGAGAUGACGUAUGAGGAGAUGAGGGAGCGUUACCCUGAAGAAUUUUCUCUGAGAGAUCAGGACAAAUACUACUACCGCUACCCUACUGGAGAGUCAUACCAGGACCUUGUUCAGCGGGUGGAGCCUGUGAUCAUGGAGCUGGAGAGACAGGAGAACGUUCUGGUCAUCUGCCACCAAGCUGUCAUGCGCUGCCUCCUGGCCUACUUCCUGGACAAGAGUGCAGAUGAGAUGCCCUACCUCAAGUGUCCGCUCCACACCGUGCUGAAGCUGACCCCAGUGGCCUACGGGUGCAAGGUGGAGUCCAUCUCGCUGAACGUUGAGGCGGUGAACACACACCGGGACAGACCUGAGGAGAUUAAGAGAGGUCCAGGAACGCUGAUCAGGAGGAACAGUGUGACCCCUCUGACGAGUCACGAGCCCACCAAGAAACCUCGUAUCGACGCCCUGGAUGACCCGACCAUCCCUGAGCUCACCCCAGCACCACUCACCUUCUGUGCCACCACCAACAGCUCUAUCGCUCUGACCACACAGCACGGGCUUGGUCAGGCUUGCCUACGCACUGUGCUCCACUACCUGAAAGUCAUGUCAGUGCUUCUGUUUCAGAGAACCUGAAGAGAUGUGCCACAGAGAGCCACGACAUCCCUCAGCUUUGCCAGUGAGACGCUUAAUUGCAUCAGCUGAUUCCUACAGGAGACGCCGCCACCGUCUGCCACCAAGCUGUUUCUCCACAAGCGCUCCUUCUGAAGAGUCUGAGAACCUUCAGCUUCUUCUGUUCCCCUGAGUCUGGACAGGAUGUGGACACUGAAUGGCUACCUGGGCUACCUGGGCAUUGUGUGUGGGCAUUUAGCAAAUAAUGAAUGAAUGAAUGAAUGAAUGAAAGAAUAUGAUGGUCUAUGAGAGGGGCGGCAUUUUCUUAAUGCAGUGGAAUGAAGGAAUGGGAAGAGUUAAUGGAGCACUGUGGAAGGAAUUAAUGCUCCAUAAUGACCUCCAUUCAUUACAGUAUGCCACUGGGUGCCACACACAGUGUGAGCAAUAGAGAGAGAGAAGCUUGGUUUGAACCAGGUGAGCCCGCCAAAAACGAGACACACCAAAGACUGACUGACUGUCAACGAUUGAGUCACGCAAGUACACAAGGCACUCUCAGUGUGCCUUAAAUUAGGCCACAUACACACAGUACUGAUUUUCUGAGUAGAGUACCCUAGGGGGUGGAAAUCGCAAGGCAUUUUAACGAUGCGUUGCCUACGGUAACGAUGAUAUCACGAUAUACUCUGAUUCAACAAUACUCGAUAUAUAUCACAAAAGAAAGAUGUCUAUGAUACUUCACAGCAUCUGUGUUACUGAAAAUGAUAAAACACGCCUAAAUAAGCAAAUACCAGGAAUUGGAUGAAUUUAUUGGUGUCAGUUUCACAGAAUAUAACAACCAAUAAUCUUUACACUUUUAGGAAGUCAAACUGAAGUGGAGGGUGGGUUUUAGGGAAUGGGUUAUAGAGCACCUAUAUUUUAAUAAAAAUAUUUUAUAUUUAAUCACAAAUGAAAACGAUACACUAUACAUCGCAAUAUAUCGCGAUUAUUAUGUCCCACCCCUAAUUAAUGCCCAAACUUUUGACCCCUACUCCCAUGCACUGCUGCUGGCUGUUUGUUUGUCAUCGUUUUUUUGUUUUUAUUUUGAUGUUGUCAGUUUGAGAUACGUGUCAUGCACUGAUGAGAGAUUAUACUGUGUGAUGUAAUAUAUGUGUGUUUCUUAUUAAUGAAGGCGCGCUGAGGAUGAAUUUGAUUGGUCGUGAUUUUAACGAUUGUGUGGAUGUGUGUGUUUUUUGUAACUGAGGGUGUUUAUACUGUAUAUUUGUGCAGAACUUGUAUCAUUCAUUCUUUGGUUUGUUUGUUUGAGUGUUUGUUUGAUUGUUUAUCGUGAUGCUGAUGGAGAGAAUGAGAGAAAAUGAUUUUUUUUGUACCGGACGGAUGACUGCAUUCCCUAGAGUGCCUAGUGCUUCGGCUUUCCAGGCCAACGAUGCUUUAUUUUCUGUACUCGUCUAAGAUUUCACUACGUUCUGCAUCACUUACGCAACCGUUUGACUCGUUUUAUUUUUGGUUUAUUUACUCUUCCUAACGUCUUAGAAAUGAGUGCUAGAAAAAUUAUGCACAUGUUAAACCAACUGAGAUUACGUUAAUAUUAAUAUUUAAUAUUUUAUUUGCGUAUAAACUUAAUGUAAACCAAAUGUUUACAGUUUGGAUUUGUACUAUUUGUAGUGUGAAAAGGAAAGAAAUUCAACAUAGCUUUACUGUUAACACAAGUUAUGUAAUGAUGAUAUAUUGUAUAUAUAUCUUAACACCAAUCAGCCAUAACAUUAACACCACCUGCAAUAGUAUUUGGACACCUUUAGAAGUUGAUGCAGAUCCUUUAAGUUCUGUUUUUUUUUGUUGUGAGGUGGGCGGAGCCAACUGGUGAAGACCUGCCUGAUAUUUUGGAAAUGUUGGAUGUUCUGACCCAGUCCAAUCCAAUCAGAUUCUUAGAUUCUUACACUCUUACCCACCCAUUUUUUCCCUGCCAUGUCAGUGGUUUUAAUGUUAUGGCUGAUCGAUCUCUAUAUAUGUUAUAUCACUUUAUGAGGAGCCGUAAUGUGUCAAAAAUGAUCAAUAUAAACUUUCAACUUUCAACUUUUUUUUUUCCUUAAACACAAUGUAGUUUCAAUGUAUAUCACUCCUAACUGUAGUAACUAAUUAUUUUGCUUACGAUACUUGAAUUCUAUAUUUUAUAACGCUGUAUCUAUUUAUUUAUUUUUAAUAUAGUGUAUAUGUAUACAUGAGUUUUGAGUACAAGGCACCUUCGCUGGUUCUCAUAUCAUCAAAUGUCACUGUUCCGCUUCCUUUAUGAGGAACAGAACCGUUAAAGAUGAAUGAUUUCUUUUGUAUUUGCUGGACCAAUAAAAAAAAAACUUAUCUUAAAAA